ACGGCAAUAAAAUGGGCAAGUUGCCUUGCUGUCUAUAUCGCGCAAGUCAGUGCAAUAAUCGCUGCAAUCUUGCAACGUACCUUCAUGUUAUCUAAUUUAAAAUUAGAUCGAGAGUCCAAGUUUAAUUAAUAUAGAUUGUUUUAGUGAAUAUUUAUGUGCUUUUACGAAAUUAUUAAUUUAUUUGACUACACAACCAAGUGAAAUUCGGGCAAUAAAACAUUUAUUACAUGUUUCUAUCCUGCUCUGAUUCAUAGGCGCGUCGCGUUUCUUUUCUGUCUCUUGCCGACGCGGCGAAUACUAGUGGUUCAGAAUUUCGUACGUGAUUAUUACAAACAACAAAAGUGCAAAUUCCCGCUCUGAUUUGAAACGUUCGCGGUUUAUUAAUUUAUUUGAAAUUCAAGUUAUCAUGACUAGCAAAGCGCACAAUAUUACAAGCCGCAUUUGGUCAAAUAAAAAGAUAAUAAAAUUCAUAAAAGAAGUCCACAUUAGACCUGAAUUAUGGAAUGUAUCAGUUUGCGAGUACAGAGAUCGCAAAGCAAAAUUCAACGCGUGGAGUGCUGUCGCAGCACAAUUCAAUAUAACACCUGAUAUGGCUUACAAGAAGUUCAGAAAUCUAAGGACUUACGCGAAAACUGAGCACAGAAAGAAGUGCGGGAAGGCUAUAUCCUGGUUCGCUUACGAUGCUAUUUCCUUCAUUUUGUCGGGAGACGGUACCGAUAGAGGUAUAGACAGCGAAGGGACAUCAAAGACAACGAUAGUGACGGAAAGAUCUGACAGGGACGAUGACAGCGUUGCCUCAGAGGAAUCAACAGUUUCAUCGGUCGAACAGUUGCCAGAAACAGAUGAAAAAAUGCCCGACAAGAAAGCAAUUAAAUCCCAAACACCAGAACCGAUAGAAAGAGUUCACAUAAACGAAACAACACGCAAUCCUCACACCAGUUUUGGUGAAUAUGUUGCCAGUAAAUUGACAACAUACGACAGUUAUACACGCGCCCAAGUCGAGUUCAAAAUAAGCAAAAUCCUCUUUGACGCGGACAUGGGGAUGUUUAGGCAUAACCAGAGACAAUAUCCGCCUCAGUUCGGAAAUAUGUAUCCGAGUUACUCGGAACACCCGGAAAUGUCUGGUAGCGAUUUGAAGGCCCAAUGCAGUUUUAUAGAACCGCAGGAUUCUUUACAGGGACCUUCUAACACUCGUUCAUAAAAGUUGUGGAACGAAAUACCUGUAUAAGUAAUUUUCCAGAAAGUAAAUGGAGAUUAUGGAUUUACUAGAUGAGCAGAAGGGGGGAUACCUUGCAUGUUGUUUAGUACCUCAACUUAUGAGCUCUCAAUAUCGGUGGGUACGUUUUGCGAAACCCAAAAAGCAACAACUUCAGAAAUACCGGCCCAACCAGCACUUCAAGGGUAGAAAAUGGUGAACCAAUUUCGAAAAUCUGACAUUUUGACCGUAACUGGAAAUAGAAGGAUUAGGUACAAAGUUAUAAAGUUCCAUUGUAUUUCUAUUCUAACUAUUUUCGCUCUGAAUCGUCAAUACAUACAAUUGUUAAUUUAUUGUUUACAAGUUUACAUUAUUGAAAUUUUAUUACUUUGUUGUCAGCCGUUCUCUGUAAUUUGGCAGACGCGCUCCGCACGUCUCGAUCUAUGUGUAAUAAGGUUUAAUCAUAUUGUCAUAAAAGUUCUU